UUCUCCGGUUUCCAAUAGCUUCCAUAGCUUCCCAGAGAUUCAUGGCCCCGAUUCAAAUCCCUUCUCCUUCAACCACAAUACUUACCUUCUUCUGGAAGCCAAGAUUCCGUUCUUCAUAGAGUUAUUCAGCUAGUGAGCUAGAUGAAUGUCUCACUCUCACUGAACCCGGCCGGUGCCUCCUGUAACCAUCUUUCAAAUGCACAUUUCAACCCUAGCUAGAUCCAGGACUCAUGCCGCCAAGUCUCGGAAAUCCCCUCCAAAUCUAUGUUUCUAGAAUCGAGAUCAGGACCUGCUCGUCCCACAAUGAUCUUCGAUCGUUUAAUCGACCCCCCUUGCGAGGACUGCAUUCAAUCUGUGGAACACCCCAUUGGUACUUAUGCUGAGAAUACUCUAGACAUAUCACCCACCAUAGGCACCAUCUCGGUAGCAUCGUGAUGCUCAGUCAGGCUAAUUCAUGAAAUUGUAUCAACUUUGGGGCCUCAAAAAAAAGAAUUGGUUAGGGCAGUCGGUUUCCAUGGUUUGCUCAAUUUCCCAUCUCUUAAACAGAUCAAUGUGCAGUUUUCAGCAUGGCUCAUGUCUAGAGUGGACGAAUCGUCACAAUCAUUACACAUUGGGGAUGGAACACGCAUUCACUUUUCGAAGGAUGAUAUUGCCAUGGUUUUUGGUAUUCCAUCUACUGGCAGGAGCAUAUUACCUAAAACACCAAAGCAUUAUUCAGGCGAUGUAACAUAUGAAUUAGCAGCAGGUCAGAUUAAUGUCAAGCAAUUGCGUAGUAUAAAGGCUGCACAAGCCAUUGUCGUCAGGCAUCAUGAUGGGCCAAUGAGCUUAAUUGAACAGGACGAGUUCAAGGCAGCCUUUGUUGUAUUUGUAAUGUCAUCCUUAUUUGCCCCUUGCGGCAAACAUGACCAUGUAUCCGAGGACUACAUGCAUGCCAUUGUGCACCCCGGACAGAUCAAAUCAUAUGACUGGGCUGAAUACGUCAUGCGACGACUCCUCGAAGCUGUUUCAAAGCUAAAGGCAGAUCUAUCAAGCAACAUCAAAACGCCCUACAUAUAUGGAUGCUCUCUGUUCUUACAGGUCUUAUACCUUGAUAGCAUUGAUUUGGGCCCACUAUCAAUGGAGCAUAACACCAUUCCACGAGUGCAAUGCUUCACAUAUGAUCGGUUAAGGUCCAUGAUAGCCGCUGAUAGUAGCUUCACUGCUCCAUGCUCCAACAGCAUCGUUCACUCGCACAGGCCCAAGUUGCGUUCGUCACCUGGGAUCUGUUAUCACUGGGCCACAUCAAAAUAUUCUAACAGCCAAAGCUCAAACCAAGACAACAUGCUAGCCCUGUGGGAGGUUUUAACAUUGAUGACUCGCAUAUUUAAGAUCCCCCUAGAGGUUGCCGGACCUCUUUUUGUUGCUGUGUCAGAUUUUCAAAGGCAAAUAAGUUCUGUAGAAUCUCAAAGGCAAUUAAGCUCUGCUCUUGGCAGCGAGGCUCUAAAACUGAUCUGUCUUUUACUUCAUAUCAUGGAGCCAUAUGCCAAUGGGUUUAGGUACCAGCCGAACAUUAGCGCGGACCGCCCUCCUGUUGGCCUCUGUUCCAUGUGGCAAUCACAAUUACGUAGCAAUGCACACCUCGGUUCAGCAACUUCACUUCAGCUAAAGAGGAAGUCCAUUAAUUAUAUUGGAGAAACCUCCGCACCAACAGACAAUGAUGGCACACAAAACAAGUUCUUGCACGUGCUAAAUAAUAACAUUGCAGGGCCUUCACAGAUGCCUACUGGACUCUUUAUACAAGCUGCACACAACGUACAGGACAACAAUAUCAGCACAGGGAAAGCUAUGGCUCGAUUUUACCUUAGCGGUAGACCUGACAAAGAUAUUCGCUGCAUUGAUCUCAACACUUCCCCUACUGGAGAUGAGUCUGGGCCAUUUAUGUGUUGUCACCGCGAGCGCCUCUCUCACAUUGACCCUCGGUCUCCUUGGGACCUUGGAUGCACUUAUCACAUUGAUGCUGUUAGGGCGGCUGCCCUGUACAAGAAGAUAAGCAUGGUCGAAGAGACUGAUGAUCCAUGGAUAGUUCACUACUGUCCUAAGUACAUUGAAGUACGGACCUGUGCAGUCAAGUAUCAGUUCCUUGGGAAAUCUGAGAUGGAAAUGGGACUUGUUGAUGCUGUUCUCCGACGAUUUAAGCAGGUUGACGAUGAAUUAUACAUGAAUCAAGGCCCCGCACGCUGGAGGCACUUUGUGGAAUCUGAUUUCAUGGUCUCGCUGCUUGCUGGAUGUUUUGAUAUAUCCGAUCCUGCAGUACGUUCACUCUUCUGUGGACGACAUAUUUGCUAUGACGUCAGUACCUGCAAAUUUUUAUUCUUCCCUGUUCUUCUCCAGCACCGUUGGGUAUGUUUUGCUUGGCGGAUGGAUGACAACACAAUUAUUGUCUAUGAUCCAUUUUUCUCAUCUAGGUGCCACACCUUUACAUUGAGCUACUACGAGCACGUUGCAAACCUACUCAAAUCUGCAAUGGCAAUAGUUGCAGACAAGGUUCAGCUAGGCGCUAGGCGUAGUCGGGGCGCUGACCCAUUGCCUAGCGCCUAGUCGGGAGUACUCGGUCCUAGGCGCUCCUAGGCGUUUUCCUAGGCGUUUUGGCAAUAUAGCCAUAAAUUAUAUAUAUGACUAUUGACUAUAUGUCUAUAUAUAUAUAUAUAUGUAUAUAACUACUAUAUAUGAGUCACAGACUUAGUAUUUGUGCCAGUAGAGUAGUAGACAUACCUGAGUCCUAGUCCUGCCUGUUCCUAGCUCCUGCAUGGCUGCAACUGCAACACAUUUUUACAGCUAGUAUUAGUCAAUAACUCAAUACUCAAUAGACAGCUAGAUAGGAGUAUAGGACACUAAAUUGUGACUUAUCUGGAUGAUUUCAGCAGCCUCCCAUCCAUGAGCACACCAUACCUCCAGCUGGUGAUUACAAUACAAGUGGAUAGGACAAUAAUAGAAGUGCACAACACAAUUUAUAAAUAAAGCACAGCACAAACACAUAGUUCUUAGUUCAGGUCUCACAAAUAAUAAAAGAAGGCACACAGACACAUAAACAAGGUGACACAGCUGCAGUCCAUAUCAUAUUUCUUCUUCACUGUAGUUCCUAUUCUCAUCUUCAUACUCUUCUUCUUCAGACUCAAAUUCUUCUCCUUCAUAGAGCUCCCUCACUCUUGCACUUCUACGCCUCUCAAGCUGUUCAUCUGCUCCCACUGCCUCUCCAAUGACAGACCAAGGUAUCCCUGUACCUUCCAUCUCAUCUUCCUCCCCAUCUCUAAAUUCAACCAAUGCACAAUCAUCCCCACCUUCUUGGAGAAAACCUUGAGCUUCACAUGUAUCACUAGAUAAAAGAACAUCAAUGAUUUUCUUUGACUUGAUCUUUUCUUUCUUACUAAGCAGCUUGGAGUUGAAUUGGAUAUACACCAGCUUGUUGAGGCGGGCUGUAGUAAGCCUAUUCCUCUUCUUAGUGUGUAUCUACAAUUGAAAAAGAGGAUUCUUAGUUCUACUUCUACAAUUUAAUUGUAACAAUGCUGAAAAUGAAAUGUUCAUAAUAGAUAGGUACUAACCGCUUCAAACCCACUCCAAUUUCUUUCACAACCAGAAGAGCUUGAUGUCAAAGAUA